AUGAGAGAGUUCAUCAUCCUUAGCUACUCUGCUUCUUCUUCUUCUUCCAUUGCCACUCUUCCAAAUCCCCACGGCAGCAACCACUCCACCAAACCCUACAAAGACAAACCCUUAUCACUUCCCAAGCUAUCUCCCUCCAAAUCCUCUCCUCCAAUCUCCACCGUCCAUUCCCGCCCCCCUCCCCUCUUCGCCGUCCGAUGGGACCCCACCAAAACGCACCUCAGCUACUUCGCCGACCUCGCCUCCAAGCUCGCCAGAGACGGCAAGUUCCAAGAUUUCGCUAUGGUUGUCGAAAGCGUCGUGCUUUCGGGUGUCCGAGGCUCCGAGUUCACAGCGGCGCUCAAGCUUGAGCUUGUGGCGAAGGGCAUUUCGCGGCUUUUGAAAGAGGGAAAUGUCCGGAGUGUCGUUGAGGUGUUGGGGAAAGUUAACGAGCUUGGGGUUCCGCCAUUGAAGCUGUUUAAUGGGUACGCUAUGGAGUUGCUGGGAAGGCAGUGUAGCCAGCUUUUGAAAUGUAAGCAAGUGCAGGAACUUGUUGAGCUCAUGGAGGUUCUUGCAGGUUUUCAUUUCCCAAUCAAAGAACUGCUGGAGCCAUCUGAAGUUAUCAAACUUUGUGUUGAUAAAUGUUGCCCAAAAUUGGCCAUAAGGUAUGCUUGUAUUUUUCCACAUGCGCAUAUAUUAUUCUGUAACAUUAUAUAUGAAUUUGGAAAGAGAAAGGCGUUGGAGCCUGCUUUGGCAGCAUAUGAAGCAUCCAAGGAAAACUUGAAUGGUUCAAAUAUGUAUGUCUACCGUACAAUAAUUGAUGUAUGUGGUCUCUGCAAAGACUACAUGAAAUCUAGGUACAUCUAUGAGGACUUGCUCAAACAGAAGGUUACCCCGAAUAUUUAUGUAUUCAACAGUCUCAUGAAUGUGAACGCACAUGACUUGAACUACACAUUUCAUGUAUACAAGAGUAUGCAAAAUCUUGGUGUCAGAUCAGAUAUGGCAUGCUAUAAUAUCCUUUUGAAGGCAUGCUGUCUUGCUGGACGAGUUGAUUUGGCACAAGAUAUUUACAGGGAAGUCCAGCAUUUGGAAUCAACAGGAGUGUUGAAAUUGGAUGUCUUCACAUACAGCACUAUUGUAAAGGUCUUUUCAGAUGCAAAAUUGUGGCACAUGGCUCUAAACGUCAAAGAAGACAUGCUAUCAGCAGGUGUUACACCUAAUACAGUUACAUGGUCGUCAUUGAUCAGUGCCUGUGCAAAUGCAGGUAUUGUUGAGAAGGCAAUCCAGUUGUUUGAAGAGAUGCUUCUGGCUGGCUCUGAACCUAAUUCACAGUGUUUUAACAUCCUUCUACAUGCUUGUGUUGAGGCUAACCAGUAUGAUAGGGCUUUUCGCCUUUUCCAGUCUUUGAAGAGCACUAAAGUCCAGGAGACUUUUGGCAAAAAGUAUAAAGGGCUUUCUUUUAAACCCACAACUACAACAUACAAUACUUUGAUGAAGGCCUGUGGUACUGACUACUACCAUGCAAAAGCAUUAUUGGAUGAGAUGAGAGCAGUAGGUCUUUAUCCUAAUCAAAUAAGCUGGUCAAUUUUGGCUGAUAUCUGUGGAGGCUCAGGAAAUGUUGAGGGUGCCUUGCAGAUUCUGAAAAAUAUGCGUGCAGCUGGGAUGAAACCUGAUGUUGUUGCAUAUACAACAGCUAUCAAGGUCUGUGUGGAAAAUGAAAAUUUGGAGCUAGCAUUGUCACUGUUUGCAGAAAUGAAAAAGUAUCAGAUACACCCAAAUUUGGUGACAUAUAAUACACUUCUGAGGGCUCGUAGCAGAUAUGGUUCUGUAAGCGAAGUACAACAAUGCCUGGCUAUAUACCAGGAUAUGCGGAAAGCAGGUUACAAAUCUAAUGAUUAUUACCUCGAGCAACUAAUCGAGGAGUGGUGUGAAGGAGUUAUACAAGACAGCAACGCCAAACAAGAAGAGUUUAGCUCAUGCAACAAAACUGACAUCGGGAGACCUGGAAGUCCGCUGCUUGAAAAAGUUGCAGAACAUUUGCAAACGCAUAUUGCUGAGACCUUAGCAGUGGACCUUCAAGGACUGACGAAGGUUGAAGCUCGGAUCGUUGUUCUUGCAGUUCUACGAAUGAUCAAAGAGAACUAUACCUUAGGACAUUCCGUAAAAGAUGACAUGCUGAUCGUCGUAGGAGUCCAUGAGGUUGAUGGAUGCUCAACCACACAAAAUUUAGAGGUGAAAGAUGCAAUAACCAAACUUCUGCAGGAUGAAUUGGGGCUCAAGGUUCUUGCAACAGGAGCUAAAGUUGGACUUGAUACUACAAUAGAACCAGGGAACACUACUGAUUCAGAUAAAGAUUUAGAAGAAAUGUCAGGGAGGGAUGAACUACCCGCAGAGUUGAUCUAUUCCACGCGAAGACCCGUGCCUUUAGAAAGGCUAAAGGUAACCAGGGGAUCACUGCAACAUUGGCUGCGGAGAAGAAGUGCUCCUAGAAGGUGA